AUGACAUUGUCAUUGAUAGUGUCUGGUCCGCAAGUACCUGCCUUUCAUUUUACAGAUUGACUUAGUUUUACUCGAUAACUAGACAAUACUUGCAAGAUACUGAAAUCAGAUAAGUACUUAAGAUACGGUAUGUUUUAAUCAGGUACGCCUCAAAAAUAAUGCUUUAUUUGCGAAUUUAUCAAUAAAGAUAGGUACCUACGUUAAAGCCUACAAUACCUAACACAGUCAGUUCGAUGCCUUCUCUCUCCAAUAUAUUCUUCCAUUUUCCAAUUAUACUGUAUGAAAUUUUCCGAUAAUACUUCGAAUAGUUUGUCUAAAAUAAUGCUCACUUUAACGAUAGCCAUUCCAUUGUAAAUAAAAAUACAGUAAAUUCAGUGACAUCACCGUUAUCACUAUUCGCUGUCUGGUGCGAAACACAUAGGCUUUUUUCAAACGAAUAAAUACGAUUUGUUGGUGCCAUUUCAGCCAAGCGGCAAAUAUCAUAGCUUUGAUCUGUAUUGGGUAGGUUGGGUUACGGAUGAUAAAGGCGGAGUUAUUCGAAAUGGGGGCCUCGUGAUUGGUCGGGUGGGAUGAAGGGGGACAGAGAGAGGCGCCUCGGCGUGGGUCGAAGAUUGUCAGACUCGCCAUUGUGAGUCCGGCCGGCGCGGCGCGAGUGUCUCGGGGUGCAGUGACGUGGACUGUAUGGACAAAAUGUUGGAAUUUUACACAAAUAUGAAUGCGGGAUUGAUGCAAGAUGGGAUGCAGCCGCCGCUCUCGUGCUCGGGCAGGACAGAACUCAACGCAAGUAUCAAACGGGAAAAAAUAGUGGAAAUCUGCGAGGGAUGCGGUCAAAAGAUACAAGACAGAUACCUCAUGCGGGUCGGAGAGUUGUCGUGGCACGAGCACUGCCUUAGCUGCUGCGUGUGCGGCUGUCCGCUCGCGCACACCUGUUUCACGCGCAACGCCAAGCUCUACUGUAAACCCGACUAUGACAGAUUGUUUGGAGUUAAAUGCACGAGAUGCGGCGAUCGCCUCCUUCCACAAGAAAUGGUCAUGCGAGCUCAACAGUACGUUUUCCACAUUCAGUGCUUCGUGUGUGUCAUGUGCUGCCAACCUCUUCAAAAAGGCGAACAGUACGUGAUAAGGGCUGGCCAAAUAUUUUGUCGACAAGACUUUGAAAAAGAAAUGUAUCUGAUGCAGCACGCAGAAGAUGACAUGAUUAUAGACGACUCGGAGCGUCCGCGAGACGGACGCCGAGGGCCGAAGCGCCCGCGCACUAUUUUAACAUCUGCCCAAAGAAGGCAGUUCAAAGCAUCAUUCGAAGUUAGUCCUAAACCGUGCCGCAAAGUUAGAGAAGCUCUCGCAAAAGACACUGGCUUGAGCGUGCGAGUAGUACAAGUAUGGUUUCAAAACCAGAGAGCUAAAAUGAAAAAAAUCCAAAGAAAAGCAAAACAAGAGGGAGAUAAAAAUAAUGACAAAGAUAAAGAUAAGGAUGAGAAAAGUAUCAAACAGGAAUCUCCGUCGAGUGAGCAUGGGAACUAUUUAGGGCUUGACGGAUCAUAUUCAGCGUCUAGCCAACCCCUAAAUCCAAACCUGCCGUACUCCCCCGAUGACUAUCCAGCACAUUCCGGAGACAGCUUUUGCAGUUCAGACAUAUCACUAGACGGUAGCAACUUCGAUCAACUCGACGAAGGAGCUUCCGACACCAUGAGUUUACAAAACUUAGAAGUCCAGCAUCACUCUCACCAGCACGGUGGGCACACUGCUCACGAGCCCCUGAACCUGGGCACGGGCGCGGUGGUGAAUCCCAUAGACAAAUUAUACCUUAUGCAGAAUUCGUAUUUUAGUACUGAUCACUGAUUCGGGAGAGGAGGCGCGGUUCGGCGGCACCGCAGGCAGCUCCGCGGCCCAUCCGCGUCAGCCACUGCGUCCAAUGCACAACCCCAAAAUAUCUUCAAUGUAACUACCAAUUCUUUAUGGAAUUCACUUGUGGACUUGAACAACUAUUACUCGGAUAAAUAUUUUAUGGUAUAGGUUGGUGAAGUGCCUGUUCAUAACAUGAUGUAAACUAUUCGAGUGAACCUAUCCGAGUCAAUGUCACCAAAAAAGAAAAUACUUAUCAUUCAAGGCACCAUUUUCAACACCUGUAUAUUUGUAAAAAUGUUAGUAGGUAACAAAUGUAAAAAAAAGAUACUAUAUUAGUAGUAAGAAUAAUAAAGUACAUUUACUUACUUUCCAAAAAGUCUUGAGUAAAUGUUGUAAGUAUGUAAUAAGUUUUCAGUGCCGAAUUAGUUACUUAUUUAAUAUGAAAUAUACUUCAUAUGAUAAUUUCUAAGAAAAUGUAAAACCUUAUUUGAGUUAGACCAUGCUAAAAUUUGAAAGCACAGACUAAUAUGGAAGUACUGUUUUA